AAACAAGUGAGACCUCAACAGGCGAUGACGAUGCCUGUGAAUCAUGUGGGCAUCGUGCUCACAGGGCGGUCGAAUGGCAGGACCCCGGUCCUGGAAGCAAGUAAUAAAACCGGUAGCAGUACUAUCACACAGCACAACCCCAGCAAUGCCGUGCAGAGCGACCGCCGAUGCCAGGCCUUCGCGGACCCCGGAAACAUCGUCUUUGUGAUCAAGACGGGGGCGACCGAAGUUUACGAGAAGCUCCCCACCCAGUUGCUCACCACCCUUGGGUGCGUCCAGGAUUUCCUCCUCUUCUCUGACCUCGAGGAACGAAUUGGCCCAUACCAUAUCCGCGACACCCUUGCCGAUUUCAAUGAGACACUCAAGGAAACACUGCCGGACUUUCAACUGUACCGCGAGCAGCUGGAGUACCGCCGUACGAACCAGGAUAUGGCCGACCUGAAGGGUGACAAGGCAUGGAAAUUGGACAAGUACAAAUUCCUGCAUCUGGUCGAAAAGGCCUGGCUGGAGCGCCCUGGUCGGGAUUGGUACUUUUUCUUCGAGACGGAUACUUACAUUGUUUGGACGAACCUGAUCCUCUGGAUGAAGCGGAUCUCGCCACCCAAAGAACCCCUCUACUACGGCUUCAUCCAAUACUUCAUGAACGACCCGUUUGCACACGGUGGAAGUGGCAUUGUUAUUUCGGGACAGCUUCUCGAGCAAUUAAUUGGAGACCACGCCGGACUCGCGAAUAAAUAUGACGAUGUCUUCACCAGCAACUGCUGCGGCGACUCCGUCUUGGCCAACACCAUCCGCCAGGAAUUGGACUUGGGCGUGCAAAAUAUGUAUCCACAGAUUAACGGAGAAAAACCUUCUACUCUUGGCUUUGGUCCCUCACAAUGGUGCCAACCCGUCGUGACGAUGCAUCAUCUUCACCCGCGAGAGCGAACUGCCAUUUUCGAUUUCGAACAAGCCAGGCAGGACCUAACGGUACGAACCGCCCUCCAAACCCCAGCUUUCACGUCUUUACAAUUGCAUACUAACACUCACUCGCAAUAG